AGUGAGCUGGCUAAUGGGUGUCGCGAACGUCAAUAAUUUAAUAUGCGAAGAAAAAAGAGAAAGAAAGAAGAGUAAGGCGCGUCACAGUCACGUGUCUCAGUAGUCGUCUCUUUCUUCUGUCUCCAGAACCGACACUCCCUGCACACACAGAGAAGGAGUCACUGCAAAUCUACUUUUCCAAUCACAACAUUGCAUUACUGCAUUACGUUGUUAGAUUAGGGAUUGGGGAUUGGAGAUUGGGGAUUGGGAAGUAGGGGUUGGUAUCGAAAAUGAGUAUGUACGGUAGGGAUCCGUGGGGUGGGCCGCUGGAGAUCCACGCCACGGACUCCGCCACCGACGACGAGCGCAGCCGCAAUCUUCAGGAGUUGGACCGCCCGGCGUUAGACGAGACUCAACAGAGCUGGCUCCUGGGCGCCGGAGAACAGAAAAAGAAGAAGAAGAAAUACGUAGAUCUGGGCUGCAUCAUCGUCAGCCGCAAAAUCUUCAUCUGGACACUUGGCACUCUCGCCGUCUCCGCUGUACUCGCCGGUUUAAUCACUCUCAUAGUCAAAACCGUCCCACGCCACCACCACAAGCCCGCCCCUCCCGAUAACUACACUCUUGCUCUCCACAAAGCCCUCCUCUUCUUCAACGCCCAAAAAUCGGGAAAGCUUCCGAGGCAUAACAACGUUUCGUGGAGAGGGAACUCGUGCAUGGCCGAUGGGAAGAAGUCUCAAGGUACGUCGAGUGCGAUCAAGGAUCUGAUAGGCGGUUACUACGACGCCGGUGACGCUAUCAAAUUCCACUUCCCCAAGGCCUUCGCCAUGACGAUGCUCAGUUGGAGCGUUAUCGAGUACAGCGCUAAGUACGAGGCUGCCGGAGAGUUGGCUCACGUCAAGGAACUCAUCAAGUGGGGAACCGAUUACUUUCUCAAGACCUUCAACCACACCGCCGACACCAUAAAUUCCAUCGCCGCGCAGGUUGGCUCCGGCGACACCUCCGAUGGGAGCACCACUCCCAACGACCACUACUGCUGGAUGAGACCCGAGGACAUCGAUUACGACCGCCCCGUCAAGGAGUGCAGUAGCUGCUCCGAUCUCGCCGCGGAGAUGGCGGCGGCCUUGGCGGCCGCCUCGAUUGUGUUCAAGGACAACAGGGCGUAUUCGCAGAAGCUGGUUCACGGCGCCACCACGCUGUAUGGCUUUUCGAGGAGGCAGAGAGGGAGGUACAGUCAGGGUAACGAGGCAUCUGUGUUCUACAAUUCGACUAGCUAUUGGGAUGAGUUUGUUUGGGGAGGGGCUUGGAUGUACUUUGCCACUGGGAAUUCGUCUUACCUGAAGCUGGCUACCACUCCCGGCCUUGCCAAACAUGCUGGCGCCUUCUGGGGAGGGCCUGACUAUGGUGUCCUCAGCUGGGACAACAAGCUUACUGGUGCUCAGGUUCUUCUGAGUCGAUUGAGGUUGUUCCUGAGUCCUGGUUAUCCGUAUGAAGAAAUUUUAAGGACAUUUCACAACCAGACAGGCAUAAUCAUGUGCUCCUACCUGCCAAUGUUCACCAGCUUUAAUAGAACAAGGGGCGGCUUGAUUCAAUUAAACCAUGGUAGGCCUCAGCCUCUCCAAUAUGUUGUCAAUGCAGCAUUUUUGGCUGCCCUAUACAGUGAUUAUCUCGAUGCUGCUGAUACUCCUGGAUGGUACUGCGGACCCAAUUUCUUUUCAACUGAUGUUCUUCGAAAUUUUGCGAAGACCCAGAUUGAUUACAUUCUUGGGAAGAACCCUCGGAAAAUGAGCUAUAUUGUAGGUUUUGGCAAUCACUAUCCAAAACAUGUUCACCAUAGAGGGGCUUCUAUACCAAAGAAUAAAAUUAAGUACAACUGUAAAGGAGGAUGGAAGUGGAGGGACACAUCGAAGCCAAACCCGCAUACAAUUGUUGGAGCUAUGGUUGCUGGUCCUGACAAGCACGACGGGUUCCAUGAUGUCCGAACCAACUAUAACUACACAGAACCAACUCUUGCAGGCAAUGCAGGUUUAGUAGCUGCGCUUGUGGCGUUGUCGGGUGAUAAGAGCUCAGGAAUAGACAAAAACACGCUUUUCUCUGCUGUUCCCCCAAUGUUUCCAACGCCGCCCCCUCCUCCUGCACCAUGGAAACCAUGAGGUGUUUUGUCAUUCAUCAUCCUCUAUCCGCCAAGUACCACAUGUGACUUCAGUGUAUCGAUGAUUUUGAAGAUGGAGGUACAUUAAAGCCAAGGAAAAGUGGAAGUAGUGCAACUAGGCAUAGUGAAUCUUGUUUGUCUAAGAACAAUCUUCGCUUCAAGAUUAGCAUUAAAAUUGAUAGUGGUACUUGAGACUGUUUUUUUUUUUUUUUUUGUGAUAUACGUAGUAUGUAUGUAUGUAUCAAAUCUUGAAUUCUUUAAACUUGAAAACGAGCAUAAUGUAAGGAACACGUUGAACUAAUGUUUUAGAGUAGUUACUUUA